AUCCAACCACAUCUCCCUUUGUUCUAGACUUCGGCGCCAUUUACGAUGAACUCAACUUCACAUACAACGACUCGGAGUUCACCUUUAACCCCGACACGCAGCCCUGCAAAGCCGACUCCAUCCCAAAUGCAGCCAUGGUUGUCGUCAGCGUGUUUUACAUCCUCAUCUUCCUGUUGGCCAUUCCUGGAAACCUGGUGGUGGGGCUGGUGAUCGGCCUGAGCAAGCAGUCGCUGCCCCCCUCUGACAUCUACCUCCUCAACCUGGCUGUCGCUGACCUCCUGCUGGCCUUCACCCUCCCGUUCUGGGCUACUUCUGUCACGCAGGGAUGGGUGUUCGGAGACGCCAUGUGCAAAGUCGUCACCAUCGCCCAAGAGCUGAGCUUCUACUCCAGCAUCCUCUUCCUGACUUGCAUUAGCGUGGACCGCUACAUGGUGAUCGUGCGAGCCAUGGAGGCCCGCAGGGCGAACCGGCAGCUGGUCAGCUGGGGAGUGUGUGCUGCCGUCUGGGCUGUUGGAGCUCUUCUGUCUCUGCCGGGGCUUUUUAAUUCCUCCUUCAAAUCUCUUAACUCCAGUCGGAUGGAAUGCUCUGAAAAGUAUGAUCCCACUAGUGCCGACGAAUGGCGUCUGGCCACUAGAAUUCUUCGCCACACGUUGGGUUUUUUGAUCCCCUUGGCCAUCAUGCUGCCCUGCUAUGGAGUAACCAUCAAGCGCCUCCUUCACAUCCGUGGAGGGUUUCAGCGGCAGCGAGCCAUGAGAGUGAUCGUGUCUGUGGUGGUCGUUUUCCUUCUCUGUUGGAUGCCGUACCACAUCGCAGUGAUGGCAGGCACCCUCUCCAGGGCCAAGAUAGCGCUGUACCAGUGCUCGGCGAGGAUGGCUGUGGACCAGGCCAUGUUCGCCACCCAGAGUCUGGGGCUGCUCCACAGCUGUGUCAACCCAGUGCUCUAUGCCUUUGUGGGGGAGAAGUUCAGGAAGAGCUUGAUGCAGAUCUUGAGGAAGAUGCAUAUCCUGGAAAGAACGUCUGUGACCAGAAGCAGCAGGUCUUCAGUGUCUUCAGAACUCACCUCCACAUUUAUGUGAUAAACCCAAAGAGACACUUCGAACUAUUUACAGGAAAUAAUCUUGUCACUGCUGGACAACAAAUAACUAGUUUUGAUACCUCUCUAUUUUUUAUUAAAACUCAACAUUGGUGGACUUUUGAAACUCAAUCACUCAAAAAAAAGGAGAUAUAUAUUAAUACGUAUAUUUUGUCAUGCUUUGUUAUAUUCUUUCUUGCAUGGACUUUUACCCUAUAUUUUAAAAUAUUUUUUCUGUUUUACUUCUUUUUAUACAUAUUUAAAUGAGACAUCUUUGAGGGAAAUGUUGUAAAGCUGUAGACAUAAAGAAAAUCCCUUUCCUCAGACAUGUCUAGUUGUGAGGACAUUCUGUCAAGUUUCAAUUUUGUAACUAAUGCAAUGUCUCAACAUUAAGACAAAUUAUCCACAUAUGAACACCUUUAUAUGCAGCUGAUAUCUCUGGAAAAAGGUAGAAUUGGACAUUGAGUUAAGAUACUUUUUUUUAAAAUAACAUAUAAAUGUGAUAUCUCAAUCCAUUAUUCCAGCUAAAAGUGUAUUGCAUCCAUUGCAUCAGAAACCUUAAACCAUACUGUACAGUACUACGGUGUAUAUAAAUCCAUACACAUGUUCAUGGCAAUGUAGAGUUAUUUACGUUUUUUGUAAUUUCUUUGGUUUAGUAAACUGAAGACAGCAGGCUUUUAUUGAGAUACCACACAAUUUGUAAUCCUUGCAAAGUUGCAAUCAUCAUAAAAGUAUUUCAAACAUA